AUGGCGCAGCGCCUGCGCCAAGGGGCACCACUGUACCCAAACGAACAAUCAGCAGCCUCCUCGCCGGAAGACACAGCCACAUCCCCAAGCAGACAACUGAAUCAAAGUACGGCCAAAAAGGAUACACACACGAAAAAAAGAGAUCAAGCAUUCAAAAAUUUUAUCUACCAAAAUAUUUUCAACAAGGAUCGUUUUACAAAUAUAUUUAAAAAAAAAAUUACCCAAUAUAUAGGAAGGGAAUGUAACCACCAGGAUAAUACCUCCAACAGAAAUGAAGAACACGCCUCUGUGUAUAAGCAACUCCCAUAUGAAGAUGAAGAAUACAUGCUCUUCUUAAGCUACAUAUACAACGACGUAACUUCAUUUAUUGAAAUUAAUAAAAAUGAACACUUAAAGAAUUCCAACUACGCUGAUCUUGAAGAUUUCAUUCUGGAAAUCUGCGGAACCGUCUGCCGUGACACCUUUCAUAAUAUAAAGUCCAUUUUUAAGUCACCGGGGGGGGGUUCUCCAAGGAAGGAGAGUGUGUGCAAGCAUGCAGACGAUGCGCUUGACGGAGAUAUAAAUCAACCUGGUGGGCACGUUAAGGAGCAUGCUUGCUAUGUGAAGGGCUAUGCUUCAGACCCAUACAAGCAUCAUUCAUGUGGUGACAAGGGAAAGGGUGUUCCACUUCAAAGUAAUUCCCCCAGUGAAAAUGAUUCCUCCUUCUUCUUCAUACCCCCCAUGGAAUGCCUAGUAACCCAUAUUCACAAAUUGGCCUCAAAAAAAGACGAUGCCAACAGCGUUUGCCAUUUCUCCUCUGACAUUAAUGAAUUUUUAAAAAAUAAUAAGUUCGAUAAACACCCCAUUUAUCGUUCGCUCCAGAGGGGGGAUAAACCGAGAAAGAAGGAAGACCUUUCUUUCGAGUGUGAACUGUCGCAAGAACGCACGGGGCGAGUAAAGCAACCCCUCUGUGACUGUAGCGGUUGUAAUGGCAGCUGUAACGGUGAAAGGAGUAGCUGUAGUAGUGUUGACAAUAUAGAUCGAAAUCAUCUGCACAGCCAAGUUGAUACAUCCUCCCCGGACAUCCCCCCAACGCACAGUCAUGAGGAGCGACUCCUUUUGCAAGACGAAACGGAGAAAAUCACCCCGAAUGAGAAGAAACAUGAUGAAGAGGGGGUCCAAUAUAUACAUGCACAUUCUCGACCAUCAGAGCAUAUACAGAUAGGCACCAAUUUUGAGGUCAGCUCAAAUAAAGGCACAGCUACCAUCUAUCUGGACAUCAAAAACUUCAACGAAAAUGAAGUCAUUUCGUCUCAUCGGGAGAGCCCCCAUGAAUUAGCUUGUUCUCUGGUGAAUGGUACGACUCCUUCGAAUGGGGGCGAUGGCAAUUCUUCUUCUUUUUCACGGCCCAAUUAUGGUGAGAAUUCCAACACUAAUGAUGAGAGGACGAAUGAAGCUACGCAAGGGAAUCUCCUCCACGAUCUUUCUAAAGAUGAUGAUUGUAAUGAGCAUAAUGUCUGUUCAGUUAAGGGGAAAACCCUGGGACAUCCAUUUUGGAGGCAGGAAGAAUUCAUGAAUGGCAGUUCGCAGGCGGUAGAGGAGGCGCACAGGGGUAUACAUCAUUACAGCCAGUCCAACCCAGACGAUGACUUAUUUGGGAACGGUCUUGGCGACUAUUUCAAGCCCACGCGUGCCCCUAAUGAUAACCAGGAUAUGGACACAAACGAUGAUGACUCGAAGGACGACGCAGACAGCGAAGAACACGACGUUGCAGAAAAGAUGGAUGGGGUUGUAAGUGAAGUGGGUGACUUGAACGGGGAAAAGACGCCCAAUCAGGACGAUCACCCCGAUGAGCAGACAAGCAACAAUAUCAAACGACAAGAGGAUAUUCAUCUUUCCAUCAGACACAAUAGUGACCAAUUGGAGGAUGAUAAUGAGGGUAUCAUCACAAGAAAAGAGAACGAUUCUCCAAAAGAACAUCCCUUAAAAAAAGAACCCCUCAAGAUGGAACAACUGAAUGAAACUCCACAAAGGAUAAUUCAGGUGGACCAAAAAGAAUACCUUGAGAAACAGCAGAAGAUGGUGAAAAAUAAAUCGUACGCAGACCCUGAAAAUAGGGGAGAAUUUAAAAAAAAUGAAAAUCCCCAUGAUGACUACUACCAUUUUAAGUACUUAAACAACUGUGAAAAAGUUCCUAACCCAUACCAGUACACAAAGGUAGAAAAGAAGGCCAACAUUCAGGUGACGCCAUCUCCCUUCCCACAGUUUUUGAGGGACAUUCAGAUUUACAAUAUCAGUCAGAAGAAAAUCCGCCUCAAGAAAACAAACAUAGCGCUGAGGAGGGACGACGCUGACGUCGGGAUCCCAGAAAAGACGACCAACAAGAAAAAAAGGCAAAGCAGAAAAAGUACAAAAUGA